CAACCAACUUUAUCCGGCAACAAAUUUUAUCACCGAUAACGAACAAAACAAAAGAAUUGGAGUUAAUUAGGUGCAGCCAAGGAAAUUGUACUUCUGCAGAUUCCACCACACCGAUUAGCCAGCGUACUUUGUGCUUUGUGGAAACGCCGGCGAUUGCACUUGUUGUGUUUGUGUGUGUGUUAUGUUUGUGUGAGCGCGCGGCAAGUUGCUUGGCGCUUUUUGUUAUGCUGGUAGGGUAGAGGGUGAAUUAAGGAUCUGAACAGUAACAUAUACUCCCUUUCUAUUGUUUCCCGAAUGGCAUCGGCCGUAAAGAAGGCCAAGAAAUCGGCCGAAGCUUUGGUCGAUGAGUCGGAGGCACUGGAAUUGGUGGACGGUUGCCAAAACUCUAUUGAUGCCUUAAACGAGCAGGCAAGUGAGGAGAUUCUAAAAGUGGAGCAAAAAUAUAACGAGCUACGAAAGCCCCACUAUCAGAGACGAAACGACUAUAUUAAGCGUGUGUCGAAUUUUUGGAUCGUUGCAAUCAUGAAUCACCCUCAAAUUUCUUGCAUCUUAGAGCAAGAAGAAGAGGAUUGUUUGCAAUAUCUGGAGAAACUUGAAGUUGAAGAGUUCGAGGACAUCAAAAGUGGAUAUCGAAUUCUUUUCCACUUCGAAGAAAAUCCAUUCUUUGAUAACACUGUCCUGACGAAGGAAUUUAAGUUAGGCUCAAAUGGCGAAAGUCCUUCCUCGACAAGCACCACGAUCAAAUGGAAACCGGAACACGAUCUUACCAAAAUGCUGCCAAAGAAGAUGGAUAGCCAUCGUCGGAAGCGUGGCCUGGAGAAUCGCACCUUUUUCGAUUGGUUUACGGAUAAUAAUGAUCCCAUCAACGACGACAUUGCUGAACUGAUCAAGGACGAUCUGUGGCCGAACCCAUUGCAAUACUAUCUCGUACCAGAUAUCGAAGUUGAACCGGAAGACGACGAAGACGGAGAAGGGGGAGAAGAAUUCGGCGAGGAAGGUGACGAAGAAGAGGUCGACGAGGUGGAAGAUGAAGAGGAAAAGGCUUCUUAGAUUGUGAUGGGAAACGGAUCGUAGGAAGCAAAAAGGAGCAAGAUGUUAUUAUUCUUUGAAAAACACAUCAAGGUAUAAAUCCUGAAAUAUCGAUGGAAAAAAUCAAAUGAUUGCAGUGUACGCAUUGUCGUUUUAGGUAGUAGGUGAGCUAGUAAUUAGCGAGAAACAGAAGGAGUGGCAGGACAGACAAAUCUUCAAAUUGAAAUUCCAUAAACUAUUAGACUAACAUUAUUUAUGCUCAGUAUUUUAAGCAUACAGCAAGGAUCUGAACACUUGAUGGUCAGUAUAAGCGCUGACGUUCCUUUCUGUCCUUCGCUAUGUUGAGGCUGUCCAUCAUCACCUGUCAGUAGAGGUGUUUGAAGCUGUUCUUUUUAAUGGAUGCUACUUUCCCUUAACCGUAACCGUGAAAUGCACUUUUCACUGGUGUGAUCAGCUGAUCUUAGCAGACCUAAACGCAAUGUAAACAAGAAACUUUUCUUAGCGCAACUAAAAUUUCACUUACAACAAACCCGGGUUAUUAAUUAUUGCACAUUUGUGAAAUUUUUAUAUUUAUAUAUAUAUAUCAACUCGUGUAUGUUAACGAUGACUGAAAGUUGCAUCCGUUAAUUAUCACCAAUAGAAUAGACUCGAAGAGCAAAACAACCGCAUAAUUGUAGUAUUAUUUUGCACUUCGGGAAUGGUUCUUUCCUUAGUGAUUUCGCUCAUUACGUGCUAAAUAUAUUGUCUUU